UCCAGCACUCUCCCCAGGAAAACCCCCGCAGCCAGGGGGUCCUGGCAGCUCCCUUCUGCCCUGGGGAGAAGCUUCCAGCAGCUCAGCCCAAGAGGCCUUCAUGGAGCUUGGGAACAAGCUAUCCCUGGUCUGGCAAGGGGAGAGCACUGCAGCCUGGGGCAGCCUCGAGGGGGUCCCUGCUACAGCCCUUGACCCACAGCCUGGGCCUGACCCCCCAAGGGCGGCAGAGGAGGAUGCAGAAAGUGUCUCCAAGCCUGAGUUGGAGCAGGAUGCCUCCAAGGAUGGAGGGAGCAGCCUGGCCUCCAGCUCUGUGGCACUGGACCCCGUGGAGAAGGAGUGGCUGCAGGGGGCAGCCAGCAGGUACCUGCUCACCCUGAGUCACCUGCUCAAACAGGAGCUGUCCCUGGCCACCAGGAAGGACUUCACCUCGGGGACAGCGCUGCACUGGACGGCCAAGCACGGCCAGGACGACUUGGCCUCGCUGCUGGUGGCUGCAGGAGCCGAUGUCAACUCGGGAUCGGUUCUCCUCUCCCCCUCCCCACGCUGCUCCCCAUGCUCGGACCCAGCACGGCGUGAGUAUGCAGGUGCCCGGAGACGGACAGACCUCGCAGCAGGCUCUUCAGGACAGAUUAGGCAGUGGGCACUGGGCUACACUCCGCUGUACAUUGCUGCUCUGCACGGGCACCGCCAGGUCAUGGACCUGCUCGUCCGGAGCUAUGGUGCCAAGCAAAACGUGCGGGAUUACAGCGGGCACCUGGCCAGACACUACCUGGGAGCAGAGAAGCCACUGGACAGAGCUGCCAUGCUGCCCCAGCUGCCAGCGGUGCGCGGCAGGAACAGGGCGCUGGCCUGUCUGCUCUUGCCCAAGGGCAGCGGCCAGGCCCGGAAGCGCUGGGGCUCUGCCGAGGACCUGACGGAGGAGGAGGAGUGGGGGCAGGUGCAGCACCUCGCCGUGCCAGCCUCGUACCGCGCCAUGCGCAAGUUCUCCCGCUCGGGGGCCGACUCCCAGCCCUGCCAGCCCCGGCCCUAGUCCCACCUGCUGCCAGGGGCUGAGGCAGCCCCGAGGGUGCAGGGUCUGGAGGAGGGCAGUGGAUGGGCCCUGCUAGCGACUGCCCAGCCCAGCCAAUGUUCAUACUCACACAGCCCCUCCCACAUCUGGAUGCCCCUCAGUCCUGACCCGCAGCCCCUGCUGUCCUGCCCUCUUGAUUCCUGUCUCCACCGACACGGGGCUCACUCGGUUACCACCCGGCUGCUGGGUCUGCCAGCGCCAGGCGCCUCACCCAGCCCCGGGAGCCCCACACCCCUGCCUCUCUGCUUUUUUCUAAUGGAUCCUGACACUGAAAUAAAACACUAUGU